AUGGAUCAAAAUGGACGACCCUCAGUCGAGGUGCAAGUCUUUGCAUCCAACGUCUCCCAGAGACAUUCCCAAACACUGUCUGUUGACGAGGCACUUCAGUACUCGUCCAUGUCAAGCGCGCCGAUAUUUGGUCUAGAUUGUGUUAUACGUCCCGAUGUCGGUCGACCAUCCAACACGAGCUCCAUCAACCACGUGCUUCAAGCAGGUCGGAAUACACUGAGUGAGCUGGACACGGAGAUACGAUCUGGAUUGGACGAGUCGAGCCGACUAGAGACGUCCCGUGAAUACUUGCAGCAAUUGCUAGAUGGGGAUCAGUUGACCGAAUUCAAAUUCAAGCUUCCUCAAUCGCUUGGUCAUAGCCAACACCUGAGCUCACCUAAUACCAAUGGCAAUUCAUCUGGUCAUAAUCAACUUGGAUCAUUUGCACGAAUGAUGCUUGAUUCGACAGAUGUUGCAUUUCGAUACCCAGAAAUUAUCCCAACAAUACCUCCGAAGAUUAGAGCUGAGAAAAAGGAUCCUGUCGAAAAGCCUGCACCUUCUUUUAAUCUUCAAGAAAAAGAUGAAAACAAAUCUCGUUCACUUUCACCUCAAUUACAGUCUCCACAACCUUCUAGUCGACUGGCUGUGGUCAUUCCAUUGAAACCUACACCCGUAAAGCAAUUGAAUAGUACAAAACCCAAAGUUGUCAUUCAUAGCCGGGACACAAUGGCUGCCUUGCGCUUAAAGGACCAGAAGGCAGAGGCAGAUGAUGCUCUGUUGAAGCUGCAGGAUCUUCUUCAGGAAGUAUUCGAUGCCGAAGAUCAAAUCGAGCCUGAGUCAUUAAUCGCUGCCACUGCUGAUCAACCGAAUCCAAUUUUUGUGAAUUCAAAUUCGGUGGACGUGCACGGCGCUCUGCUAUCUUCUGAGGCCCAUGUCCGCCUACAGAAAGCUCUUCGCAAGGUAGCCGGGUUUGAUCGGCUACAGAAUAUACCGACUGAUUGGAUCAAUCGGGUCCAGAAGUAUUGUGAAAAGCCAAUUGCGGCCUCUCAAGCUCCGGAAUUAAACCUGAAUGAUCCAUCCAGUGAAGGGGAGAUUCAAGAAUGGGUGAGUAAAGUUGAAGGUGUUCUCAAUUCUCUCCUUUCGAUUGAAACGCUUCUUCAGACGAUGUCUGGACGCCGAAACGAGCGAGAGCUUUGUCCCGAGGAUCUGAUAGAAGCCAUUCCGACUGUACUGAACCAGGCCUUUGACCACUGUAUCAUUCCUGCAGUGGAGGCUCGCUCUGGCGGCAAGAACACUGAAUAUUUCAACGUUUAUUCAGCCCAAAAGCGUAUUAUCGGAAGUUUGAUUCAUCAGAGCAAGAAGGUUCUUACCCUUUUUGCCGACUUUUUGUCCCGUAUUGAGGUUUCUGAAGGAACAAUCACAGCCGCUGAAUUCCUUGCGGCGAAAUUGAUUUUUGUUGAAAACGCUCAUAAUGAGAGAGACUCAGCAGUAGGUCAAUCGAAGUAUGAACCUGCGAGACGCGCGGCUAUGGAUGUCCUUGCAAAGAUAUUUUCAAAAUAUCCUGAUCAGCGCCCCUUCAUAUUGGAUGAAAUCCUGGUGUCAUUGGAGAAGCUUCCUUCAACUCGUCAAAGUGCGAGACAGUUCAAGCUCGUAGAUGGCAAAAACAUUCAACUUCUUACUGCACUCGUACUUCAACUGGUGCAAACAACUGCUCUCGAAACUCCACGAUCCUCCAAGACGAAGCGUCGAAUACAUGCAUCUCGCGAUUCGGAUGACGAAUUAAUGGGUGAUACAGACGAUCUGAACAAAGCUGAAUCGGAAGAUGACGAAGAGCUAGACGAGUCUUUGGAACAUCUGGCGGCCAAAGUGAACCGACUUUACGACAAUGCUGUGCGCAGUGCGCAAUACAUUGUCAAGUUCAUUGUCCAGAGGGCCAUGACAUCAACAAAAAGCGGCGAUCAGCCAUACCGCAACAUUCUCGAUCUAUUCACUGAAGAUAUGAUCAACGUACUCGGAUCCACAGAUUGGCCCGCUGCUGAACUUCUCCUUCGAAUUAUGGCAUCGCAUCUAAUUGGUAUUGCAGAUCAAGACAAGAGUGCAGCCACUGCAAAAAGCAUGGCCCUUGAGCUCUUGGGGUGGAUGGGAUCUGCAAUAUCGGACUUAAUAGCAACCGCCCAGCACAUGCUUCCUGCUCUGGAAGAUUCGGACAGUGAACUCACUGAUUUUCUAAAACAGCAGUUUGAGGACUAUUCCGCCCGUGCGCUGUACCCGCAAGAUCUAAUUGCUCCAAAAGGCCCAUACAGGAUGGCACUCGAGUAUCUAUCACAGGAUAGAAACUCCGACAAUUGGCACUUGGCUAGUGCUCGUGGCUACUAUUUGGCUAACUGGGCAAAGACUGUGUGCAACUUCUACUACAAUUCGGAAGAUAAGGCCGAUAUGGUUCAUGAUGAGAUGACUCAAGAGCUGGUCCUCCUCCUGUCAAAAUCUUUCUCUGACCCACGAUGGCUGGAGAGCCAUAGGCAAUUUAACACAAUCUCAAAUAUCCAUGGUCGUUUUGCUUAUGUUUUGACGGUUCUGAACUCCAGUUUUGGUAAAGCUUUUGACACCAUUCUCAAAAUCCUUCUGAAUUCCAUUGCCAGUGAUCAAGCCAAAGUUCGCAGUCGCAGCCUCAAAAGUGUCAUUUACAUGCUCGAGAAAGACCCAAAUCUUCUUGACCGCGAUGCUUCAGUCAUGCGCCUCAUUCUCCGGUGUACUACAGAUGCUUCUCCCAUGGUCCGUGACUCGGCGUUGUCACUGAUAGCUAAGUGCAUCAGUUUAAAACCCAAACUUGAAGAAGAAGGGUGUCGCAGUAUUCUUGCAUGCGCCGCAGAUCAGACUGCUGGUAUUCGCAAGCGCUGCGUUGGUCUGCUAAAGGAGCUUUAUCACAAGACUGCACGGCAGGAAUUAAAAUUGGCAAUUCUUGAUAGUUUUCUUCAACGCACUGGUGACCAUGAGGAUAGCGUGGCAACGUUGGCUCGUCAGACCUUUGAAGAGAUCUGGUUGACUCCUUUCCAUGAAUCCAUCGACUCUAGCUCGGAUGCGCCGAAACUCAAAAUGGCUUUGGGAGAACAGGUCGGUUUGAUCGUUGGUCUUGUCCAGCGAAGUGACACGGCUCUUGAUUCCCUAAGCGGAUGCAUUAAGGCUGUACUCUCUGAUAAAUCCAAGUCGGCUGUAUUGAAUUUCAAGGUCUGCAAAUCGAUGGUUGCAAUCAUGUUUCAAAGACUAGUUGAAGAUGCAGAUGCUUCUGGGAAAGACUUCCAGCAAGCUCUUCUUCAAACAAUAACUGUUUUUGCGAAGUCUAAUGCAAAGCUGUUCAGUCCAGACCAGUUGGAGGCCCUACAUCCUUACAUUGGUCAUCUCUCAACCGCAGACGACCUCUUCAUCUUCCGAUCAGUUGUGGUGAUUUAUCGCUGUGUCUUGCCAUUCCUUUCUUCAUCCCAAAAUAAUUUCCUGAAAGAGGUGCAGAAUGAUCUCUUUAAGAGUGUUGCCAAGCUUUCCCGAUCAGAGCUGAAUGAGGUUAUGGCCUGUUUAUGGACCAUCAACGGUGUUCUCGAAAACACAGACCGGCUUGUGAAGCUGACUGUAUCCGUACUUAAACCUUUGCAGCAAUACAAGAGCGUUGACCUGGCAGCAGACAAGAAUUCCUCGGUCUUGGCUCGUGCGAAGAGUUAUAUCCGAAUUGGGGGAUGCGUCGGACGGCAUUGCGACCUCGAAAAAUACAUAUCAUAUUUCAAGAGCUCGUUCCAAACCUGGACAGGUGGAUCCGUGGCUAGCUUGAUGGUUGACUCUAUCCUUCCAUUCACCUCCUCAAAUCAACCUAUGGACCUUAGAAUUAUGGCUCUAGAAAGCUUGGGUUCCAUUUGUCAGUCUUGGCCAGCUCAAUUUGGCCGCGAGCCCACUCGGAAGACCUUUGCUCAAGUGUUCCAGGAAGAAGUGCCAGUUUUACAGAACAUAGUCCUCAAGUCAUUUGCUGAUUUCUUCGCGAUACAUGAGGGUAAGUCUGAAAAGGUCGUCAUUUCAACUGUCGAUGAAAGUGCGCAAGAAGCUACUCGACUAGGAGGAUCUUUGAGAGCUAGCGAUAACGAUGGUGCUGCGGCGUUGAUUGCCCAGAACUUUCUUCCCAGCAUGCUCACGGUUGCCCAGUCGCGACAAGAUAUUUAUGCCCUCACCGCUAUCGAACUCAUUGCAAGUAUCAAUCGCCAAGGUCUGGUCCAUCCGAAAGAGUGUGCUGGUGUACUUGUCUCGCUGGAGACCUCAACAGUUCCUGCGAUUGCAAAGGUUGCCUUUGAAGCACACAAAAUGCUCCACCAACAGCACGAAUCGAUGUUUGAACGAGAGUAUAUGCGAGCUGUUCAGGAUGCUUUCUACUACCAGCGAGAUAUCGUCGGCGACUCAAAAGGCGCUACUCGCAGGCCUUACGUAGCAAAACUCGCCCCACUGUUCGAAAUUGUCAAAACCAGCAACAGUCGCUACCAAAAAAAGUUUCUUGCAAGCCUCUGCGGUAAGGUCAAUUUCGAAUUGAAAAAACUCAACACUAGUGGGGAUCCUCCGGAGCACCUACUAUUAUCUCGCUUCAUAUCCCACAAUCUUGCCUACUUUGAUUAUGGUCAACAUUCCGAAUUGGUGCCCACUAUCGCGUGCAUCGAACGCAUAGUUUCAUCCACCGGUGCCGCAGUCGCUCUUGCGAUUGAGACGGACGUUUUUCCAAGUCCCAUUGCUCUGCCAAGCGCUGAGACAGUCAGCAUGUUGCCGCCUGAUUCUACAAUGAUGGUACCCACAAACAUGUCGCACCCAAUUGAUACCGCUAUAAAAUUGAGACCGCUGGCCACAGCCGCUGCCGCCCUUACAAUGCUCUGGGAAGCCCGAACUUAUUUGCGACGCCUUUAUGGAGUCCACUCCCACAGCAAAGACCAGGGUGGUAAGCCCUCUACAAAGGAUCUCAAUAAAUCUGCCACCAAGGUUCAUGGUGUUACUGGUGAUAAGUUCUGGGAAGCCGUAGAUAGGAACAUGGCUGCAUUGACAAAUGAGGACGCCAUGUUGAACAAAUGCCGCGACUUCUCAACAUUGCUCGCAAUCGACGAAGAAUUCAAGGUGGAUCGAGAUGACGAUGACGAAGGGGACAACUUCGAUGCAAUGAUGAAUGUUGAUGACACUGCCAGUGGGUCCCGAGCAAUGAAACGGAAAAGUACUGAUCCGACCACAAGUGCCAGCAAGAGACCAAAGGGCCGCAAAAGCUCCAUCGGCAAAAAGAGAUCAAGCACUGAGCCGGAUGACAAUUGGGAUAAUUGGGAAUGA